AUGCGGUCUUUAUUGUUUGCUCUGUUGGUGUUGGGAAGUGUGAGCGCUGGGAGUUUGAAGGUACCCCAUGAUGAUUUGACGAUGGCCAUGGAGGUUGUGGAUGCGUUGAAGGAAGUGGAUUUUGAGCAGCUCGAGCAUCAGUACAAUCCAAUCUGCGAGGCUUGCAAACUUGGAUUUACAAUUACAAAAAGAGUGAUUGGCGAUGUGAACAACUUGACGAAGGAGUCGCUGGAAAAGGCUUUGGAGGUAAAUAUUGCGAAGACUGUUGCUGCAUGACAACGUUUUUCAGUUUUUGCGCCUUUGAGCAUUAGAAUGUCGGGAAAAUAAUGAGCCCCGUGUCGCUACGCCGAUCGUGUCGCUGAAGUAAAAAUCAAUUUGGUUUUGUCACGACACAAUUCAUUUUCUCGGUGGCGAUGCGAUUUUCGAUGCAAAAGAGUGCUCAUUAUUUUCCCGGCAGAUGGAUAUAACCUUUUUAGAGGUCAUUGUAACAAUGCUUAUAUUUGACACCUCCACUUCACAAUCUCUGAAUUCUAGAUCACCUGUUUCUUCAUUCCUCGACAUCUCCCGGGCCGCAAAGAAUUCUGCGAGAAAAUCAUCCCCGGAGUCAUCGACCUCGUCUAUCACAUCAUCAAAGAGGUGGACAACGGAAUCUACCCCGAACGUGAUUGCCAAUUGAUCCUGCUUUGCCCGCGUCAGCCCACAACCGCCGUCCCAACCGAAGCUCCGUGCACCACGACUCCUGCAACAACAACUACAGCACCAGUCGAGCCGAUUACAAUUCCGGAAUGA